AUGUCCAAGUAUUUUACGGAAGUCAAGGAAUUGCCCCCAGACCCCCUUUUCGGCCUCAAGGCCCGUUACGUCGCCGACAAGCGUACCGACAAGGUCGACUUGGGCAUUGGUGCUUAUAGAGACAAUAACGGCAAGCCUUGGAUCUUGCCCGCCGUCAGAAAAGCUGAGAGAAAGUUGAUCGACUCUGAGGGCUACAACCACGAGUACCUUUCGAUCUCAGGAUACGAGCCAUUUUUGGAGCAGAGCGCCAAGGUGAUUUUGGGCGAAGACUCCCAGGCCAUCCAGCAAGGUGCUGUGGUGUCUCAGCAAUCGCUUUCAGGAACUGGUGCUUUGCACUUGGCUGCUGCUUUCUUGAAGCAGUUCUACGCUGGCACCCACACCAUCUACUUGUCGAAGCCAACCUGGGCCAACCACAACCAGAUCUUCUCCUCCGUUGGUUUCAAGGUCGAAAGCUACCCAUACUGGGACGCCCAGAACAAGAAGUUGGACCUCGAAGGCUACCUUGCCACCAUCAAGUCCGCUCCUCGUGGCUCGAUCUUUGUCUUGCACGCCUGCGCCCACAAUCCAACUGGUUUGGACCCAACUGCCCAGGAGUGGACCCAGAUCUUGCAGACCAUUGCUGAACACGACCACCUUCCCCUUUUCGACUCGGCCUACCAGGGCUUUGCCUCGGGCGAUUUGAACAAGGAUGCUGCUCCUAUCAGAGAGGCGAUCAAGGCAGGCACCAUCUCCUCUCCUAUCCUCAUUUGCCAGUCGUUUGCUAAGAACGUUGGUAUGUACGGUGAGCGUGUGGGUGCUAUCCACGUCGUUUUGCCUCUCAGUGAAAACGCCAGCACCAGAGACCCAUUGAAGAAGGCCAUCAAGUCGCAAUUGAACAAGUUGACGCGGUCUGAGUUCUCCAACCCACCAGCUUACGGUGCUAAGAUUGUCGCCACCAUUCUUACGGAUGAUGAGUUGCGUAAGCAGUGGCAGGAGGACCUCAUCACCAUGUCUUCAAGAAUCAUCUCCAUGAGAAAGGAAUUGAAGAGACAGUUGGAAGAAUUGGGAACUCCCGGUACCUGGGACCACAUCACUAACCAGACUGGUAUGUUCUCCUUCACCGGUUUGAGUGCCGACAUGGUGGCUCGUUUAGAGAAGAACCACGGUGUGUACUUGGUGAGCUCCGGUAGAGCCUCUGUUGCAGGUUUGAACGAGCACAAUGUCUCCAAGGUGGCUAAUGCCUUUGACGAGGUUAUCAGACACUUUGCCAAGUCCAAGUUGUAA